AAACAGGGUAGGCAUAAAGUCAUAAAGUAAAGAAUUGAAAGAAAUUCAGUAGACCAGAACGAAAAUAACUAGAUCUAGAAUUAUAGAUCUAGAUCUAGAAUCUAUAGCCUGCAAAUCAUUUCGUUUUGUGAAGUACAUCACAUGCUGGCAACAAAAUGGCAAUAACAAGUUACAGUUCAGCUCAGAGAAUUGCAUUUGCUGGUCUUGUUAUUGGAUUUUUGCUUUGUACCAUUGGUGCUAUUGCUCCUUUUUGGCAAGCUGGGAAAGUUACCACAAAAGAUGUUGGUAAAAUUAUCCCAGAUGUUGGAGAGGGGAAGAUUGUUAACUCUGUUGUAAAUAAUCUGGUGCCAGAAGUGGAAUUAGUGUCUGUUUAUGGAGGUCUGUGGUGGUGGUGUGAAGAUAACAUUUUAACUGGUCGGUCUUGUGAAAUGUACAAGUUGGAAGAAGGCGCUGGUAGAGAUUGGGCUAUUCGCAUCACAGCAGUGGUCAAUGUCUUUCUUGCACUGACCUGUGCAUUAGCUGCUCUCUGCCGUAGCUGUUGUUGUGGAGGUGGGAAAACAGUGUGCCAUGGUGUCAUUGCAUUUGUAGCUGGUGCUGCAGGUGUAGCAUGUGUGGCCAUCUUUGCCAGCAGUGACGGAUACGGAAUGAAGUUCUUUAAAGUGGAUUGGGGCUGGGCAUUCUUUGUGUACGCUAUUGGAAGUGCCUUAGUCGUCACUGUUUCAUUUAUUCUCUGUUUCGCCUCCCCAAGCAGUCCUUUUGCUGGAAUGGUAAUCAGUGGUGUCAGUCAUAUUCUACCCAAUGGUUACACACGCAUGCAGACUGACCAGGUCGGUCUGACCCAGCCAUCAGAGUUCCAGAAUGAGGUUGUGUACCCACAAUCUGCCCGUUAUUAGUGUGGAGCAGCUGGAUUGUGGAGGGUAUGGAUGUCUCAUAACCCUGAUGUUGCUGAACUGAAGUGUCAUCUUGCUGAUGUUGCUGAACUGAAAUGUCAUCUUGCUGAUGUUGCUGAACUGAAAUGUCAUCUUGCUGAUGUUGCUGAACUGAAAUGUCAUCUUGCUGAUGUUGCUGAACUGAAAUGUCAUCUUGCUGAUGUUGCUGAACUGAAAUGUCAUCUUGCUGAUGUUGCUGAACUGAAAUGUCAUCUUGCUGAUGUUGCUGAACUGAAAUGUCAUCUUGCUGAUGUUGCUGAACUGAAAUGUCAUCUUGCUGAUGUUGCUGAACUGAAAUGUCAUCUUGCUGAUGUUGCUAAACUGAAGUGUCAUCUUCCUUAUGUUGCUGAAGUGUUUUUGUCAAAUAUUUUACUUAAUUUUUUAAUUUAAUUCAUGUGCUAUGAUAAAUCAACCUAAAGCUUUGAGUUGUUUUGCAUGCCUUUAGUUUUAAGUACACUAUACAGUUGAGUCAGUGAACAGGUGCCAAGAAUUUAUCAAUGAUAAGGUCACCUACUAUACACCCACUAGAUCUGACUAUUGCUUCCAUUGUACCAAUAGCUUUACAUUAUUAUCUUUGUAUUUUUUCUAAAGAUGUUUUGUAAUUUUGUUAUUACUUCUUCAUAUUUAUACAGUACUUUUCAAAUAAUUAAAACUAGUUGAAAAUUACUGUAGAUACUUUUUUCCAGUUAGGAUAAAAAUUAUUAAAAAUCACAUAACGCUUGAAGAAAAAAAUUACGUUUAAUUUGUACGUUUUUAAAAAAAUAUUUCAAAUACCCGUGCAAUUAAGAACUGUCUAGGAAAUGAUUUAAACUUAACUUUUGAGUAUUUUUUUCAAAGGCACAUCUAUAAGUAGCAGCAUUUUUUAAAAUGUUAGUUUUUUGUAGCUUGCAAUGGUUAGUUUUUCAUUAUUCGUUGCUUUCUUUAUUGUUCUCUAAUAAUAUCUGAGAUUUUAAAAAUCUCAUUUUGAAGAAAAAUCUCCACACCAUUUAAUGACAGUUUUAAAUCGAUAGUCAUGAAAGUUGAAUUUUAACUUUAAACCUUUUCAGUUUGUAAAUAUACACCAGAUUAUUUCUUACAAAGUUUAGGAUUUCUGUGUAAGUUGAAAUCUAUGAUUAUUUUUCUGUGUUAUAUUAUUUCCAAUACUUGUGUUCUUGCUGAUUUUCGGUUAUAGUCAGUAUUCUGGGUUCUAGCUUUUUGUAUUUUACUGUAAGUUUAUUUAUAAACACCAUUUAAGGACAGUUUUAAAUCUCUAGUCAUGAGAGUUGAAUUUUAGCUUUAAACCUUUUCAGUUUGUAAACACCAGAUUUAAAAAGUUUAAAUCUAUGAUUAUUUUACUGUUAUAUUAUUUCCAAUACUUAGGACUUGUGUUAUUGCUAAUAUUUUUGUUAUAGCCAGUAUUCUGGGUUCUAGUUUUACUGUAAGUUUAUUUAUAAACACCAUUUAAGGACAGUUUUAAAUCUCUAGUCAUGAGAGUUGAAUUUUAGCUUUAAACCUUUUCAGUUUGUAAACACCAGAUUUAAAAAGUUUAAAUCUAUGAUUAUUUUACUGUUAUAUUAUUUCCAAUACUUAGGACUUGUGUUAUUGCUAAUAUUUUUGUUAUAGCCAGUAUUCUGGGUUCUAGUUUUACUGUAAGUUUAUUUAUAAACACCAUUUAAGGACAGUUUUAAAUCUCUAGUCAUGAGAGUUGAAUUUUAGCUUUAAACCUUUUCAGUUUGUAAACACCAGAUUUAAAAAGUUUAAAUCUAUGAUUAUUUUACUGUUAUAUUAUUUCCAAUACUUAGGACUUGUGUUAUUGCUAAUAUUUUUGUUAUAGCCAGUAUUCUGGGUUCUAGUUUUACUGUAAGUUUAUUUAUAAACACCAUUUAAGGACAGUUUUAAAUCUCUAGUCAUGAGAGUUGAAUUUUAGCUUUAAACCUUUUCAGUUUGUAAACACCAGAUUUAAAAAGUUUAAAUCUAUGAUUAUUUUACUGUUAUAUUAUUUCCAAUACUUAGGACUUGUGUUAUUGCUAAUAUUUUUGUUAUAGCCAGUAUACUGGGUUCUAGCUUUUUGUAUUUUACUGUAAGUUUAUUUAUAUACACACCAUUUAAGGACAGUUUUAAAUCUCGUCAUGAAAGUUAAAUUUUAGCUUUAAAACUUUUCAGUUUGUAAAUAAACACCAGAUUAUUUCUUACAAAGUUUAGGAUUUCUGUGUAAGUUUAAAUCUAUGAUUAUUUUGCUGUGUUAUAAUAUUUCCAAUAUUAAGGGCUUGUGUUCUUGCUGAUUUUUUAUUGUAGCUUUUUGUAUUUUACUGUAAAUUUAUUUAUAUACACCGGUGAAUUUUUUUUAUGAAUUUUUUUUUUCGUUUCUGUUUACAAUUUUAUUUAAUUCAUUUGGCUGAUAAAGUUGUCAAAAUAUUUCUUCAAACAAAUUAAUAUAGGGUAAAUUCUCGAUGUAGGUUUAACAUUAAACAUUUCCCAAUUUUGUCACUGUAAAUGUAUUUGUAUAAAAAUUGGAAACAA